UCAGUGUGUUCUCGCGAUAGUUCCUUUCAGUCUGUGCUGGAGUGGUGAUGUGUGUUUAUUAACUCAACGAUUUUUUACAUAUUUCUCAGUUUGCGGUAAUUUUUAAGCCGGGGGUUGUGCUGAAAGGAUGUCGGACAGCGAGGACAGCGACUUCUCGGACAACCAGAGCGAGCGCAGCAGCGAGGCGGAGGAGCUGGAGGAGAAUGAGGAGGAAGAGGCCCAGGCCAGCGACAAGGGAGAGGAGGAGAUAGAGGAGGAUGAGGAAGAGUAUGAUGAGGAGGAAGAGGAGGAUGAUGACGACCGGCCCAGGAAGAAGCCACGUCACGGGGGCUUCAUCUUGGACGAGGCCGAUGUGGACGAUGAGUAUGAAGAUGAGGACCAGUGGGAGGAUGGAGCUGAAGACAUCCUAGAGAAAGAGGAAGCGGAAGUGUCCAACAUCGAUCAUGUGGUUUUGGAUGAAGAUCGCUCGGGUGCCCGCAGGCUGCAAAACCUCUGGAGAGACCAGCGGGAAGAGGAGCUGGGUGAAUACUACAUGAAGAAAUACGCCAAGUCAUCUGGAGGAGAACAUUUUUAUGGGGGCUCGGAAGAGCUUUCAGAUGACAUCACCCAGCAGCAGCUACUCCCUGGAGUCAAGGACCCCAAUCUGUGGACGGUGAAGUGCAAGAUCGGGGAAGAAAGAGCCACUGCGAUUGCUCUAAUGAGGAAGUUCAUUGCCUACCAGUUCACGGACACACCCCUGCAGAUCAAGUCGGUAGUGGCCCCGGAGCACGUGAAGGGCUACAUCUAUAUCGAGGCCUACAAGCAGACUCACGUCAAGUCCGCCAUUGAAGGAGUGGGCAACCUGCGCAUGGGCUUCUGGAACCAGCAGAUGGUGCCCAUCAAGGAAAUGACCGAUGUCCUCAAGGUGGUCAAGGAGGUCACCAACCUCAAGCCCAAGUCAUGGGUGCGGCUCAAGAGAGGCCUGUACAAGGAUGACAUCGCUCAGGUGGACUAUGUUGAACCCAGCCAGAACACCAUAUCGCUGAAAAUGAUUCCCAGGAUCGAUUUCGACCGCAUUAAAGCUCGGAUGAGCCUGAAAGACUGGUUCGCAAAGAGGAAGAAGUUCAAGAGACCCUCCCAGAGACUGUUUGAUGCUGAGAAGAUCAGGGCGCUGGGCGGGGAGGUCACCACCGACGGCGACUUCCUGAUCUUCGAGGGCAACCGCUACAGCCGCAAGGGCUUCCUCUUCAAGAGCUUCGCCAUGUCCGCCGUGAUCACAGACGGGGUGAAGCCCACCCUGUCCGAGCUGGAGAAGUUCGAGGACCAGCCCGAGGGGAUCGACCUGGAAGUUGUGACGGAGACAACAGGGAAGGAGCGAGAGCACAACCUGCAGCCCGGGGACAACGUGGAAGUGUGCGAGGGGGAGCUGAUCAACCUGCAGGGCAAAAUCCUCAGCGUCGACGGGAACAAGAUCACCAUCUUGCCCAAGCACGAGGACCUGAAGGACCCUCUCGAGUUCCCGGCCCACGAGCUGAGGAAGUACUUCAGGAUGGGCGACCACGUGAAGGUGAUCGCCGGGAGGUACGAGGGCGACACGGGCCUCAUCGUCCGCGUGGAGGAGAACUUCGUCAUCCUCUUCUCGGACCUCACCAUGCACGAGCUGAAGGUGCUCCCCCGGGACCUGCAGCUGUGCUCGGAGACGGCCUCCGGGGUGGACGCGGGGGGCCAGCACGAGUGGGGGGAGCUGGUGCAGCUGGACCCGCAGACCGUGGGCGUGAUCGUCCGCCUGGAGAGAGAAACCUUCCAGGUCCUCAACAUGCACGGGAAGGUGCUGACUGUGCGGCACCAGGCUGUGAACCGGAGGAAGGACAACCGCUUCGCCGUGGCCCUGGACUCGGAGCAGAACAACAUCCACGUGAAGGACAUCGUCAAGGUCAUCGACGGUCCGCACUCGGGCCGAGAGGGAGAGAUCCGGCACCUGUUCCGGGGCUUCGCCUUCCUGCACUGCAAGAAGCUGGUGGAGAACGGGGGCAUGUUUGUGUGCAAGACGCGUCACCUGGUCUUGGCUGGGGGCUCCAAGCCCAGGGAUGUGACGAAUUUCACCGUGGGGGGGUUUGCGCCCAUGAGCCCCCGGAUCAGCAGCCCCAUGCACCCGGGAGGAGGGGGUCAGCAGCAGAGGGGUGGGCAUGGCGGAGGCAUGGGGCGUGGCCGAGGCCGGCGGGACAACGAUCUGAUUGGACAGACAGUCCGUAUCUCACAGGGACCUUACAAAGGGUACAUUGGAGUAGUAAAAGACGCCACAGAGUCGACGGCUCGUGUGGAGCUGCAUUCCACUUGUCAGACCAUCUCCGUGGAUCGGCAGCGUCUGACCACUGUGUAAGUGCCUUUGGAAUGAG